UCAGGAUACUCGGGAGCAGCCUUGCUGGCCAUUCUCUUCGCCUUACCGUUCGCCUGGAGAGUUCUGGUGCAUCACGAGCACGGUCAUUGGGAACAUCCCCUUCCCGCCUUCUACUUCGCCCACCUGGAGCUCUUUCUCGGCAAUGGCUGCCUAGGAAUAGGGGUGAUGAUGCUGCUAGCCUUAACUCUGGAAAGAUACGUCAGCGUUUGCCACCCAGGCCACGCCAGGCCCAUCCUUGGGUCACCUGUUCGAGCUGUAACCCUCAUCCCCUUGAUAACCUUCGUCUUUUACAUCCCCACUCUCUUUCGUAGCCAAGUAAGGACUUGCAGGAUCGUUCCGGAGAUGAUUCUGAUCUACCAGAGGAUAGAAGAUACGGAAUUUAUCAACCACCCCUUGUAUAGUGUCUACAGCGUUGUCCUAGAACUGAUAUUCAAAGUGAUACCGGUUAUUUUAUUGGCGGCGUUGAAUUUGAGGAUUUUAGUGGUUUACAGACGGUCUUGUGAGAGAAGGAGAAAAAUGAUCUUGAGUAGGAAGUGUUCUGGUGAGGAGGAUCCCAGGAAGUUUGCGGAAGAAAGACGACUGGUGUUGCUGCUGGGAUCUACUAGUAUUUUGUUCCUGCUAUGUGUCACACCAAUGGUUGUACUCAAUGUCACAUUAUCGGAGGCCAAUUUGAUCAAAUAUCCUUAUCAGGU